GUUACAUUAGCGUGGCCGAAAGACAAAAAGUCAAAGGUCUUGUCCCUUCCUUUCACCCAUAAAUGAAACCCACAACUCCCCUUUCCCCUUCUACACUCCAACGACCAACACAACACACAAACACCAAUUUUCUCAAACACAAACACAACAUAAAGAAACUUUAUAACAUAGCAUGAAAGGAAUGAAACUAGUUUGGUCCCCAGAUAAAGCAAGUAACGCAUACAUCCACACAGUUCAAGCUUGUGAGAUUUUCAAUGAAUCUGGAGUGGCGGAGCUAGUAUCUGCUAUGGCAGCGGGAUGGAACGCGCAGCUUAUAGUGGAAACAUGGUCACGUGGCGGAGUUAUCCCAACGAGUGUGGGUUUAGCCAUAGCGAGUCGUCAAACGUGUGGAAGACACGUGUGCAUAGUACCUGAUGAACGGUCGAGAUCAGAGUAUGCAAAAAGCAUGGGAGAAGCGGGUAUGUCGCCGGAAAUUAUGGUUGGGGAACCGGAGGAAGUUAUGGACGGUUUAAUCGGCGUAGAUUUUUUGGUUGUUGAUUCUCGUCGGAAGGAUUUUCCGAGAGUGUUGAGGCUCGCUAAAUUGAGUGGUAAAGGUGCUGUGUUGAUAUGUAAGAAUGCGAAUUUUAUUUCGAAGAUGGAUUCUGGUUUUAUAUGGAGGAGCGUGGUGGCGCGUGGAUCUAGACGACUUGUUCGGUCGGUGUUUCUUCCGGUGGGGAAGGGAAUUCAUAUGGCGCACUUUUCGGCUAGCGGUUGUGAUAACUCUGUUUCAGCUAUGAAUCAUAAGGGACAUGCUAUUUCCAAUAGAUGGAUUAAGCAUGUUGAUCAACGCUCAGGGGAUGUGCACUUUAUUCGAAGAUGAAAAUAUGUAUAUAUCUCAACUUUCAUUCCAAAACCAUUUUUUCCUUUUUUUGUUUGUUUGUAAAUAUGGUAUGAAUACGAUUAAGAGUAUAGGUGAAAAGGAUGUUAUUGCGGAAGAGCUUGACCUUAAUUACUGUAUUACAAAUGUGUUGUUUUAUUUAUUUUUACGAAGAUAAAACCAUUUGUAGGUUAGUGAAUUCUUUUUAAGAGUAGUAUCAAAGUUUAUGAGUACUCCUUAAAAGCAUUGCAA